AUGUUCAUUUGGGGUAGAGGAUGGCAAGUUUUAGGGGUAGUAGUCACCCGGGAUGGAUUUAAAGCUAACCCGGAAAAGGUAGCCGCCAUAACGCGGAUGCCCUCUCCCAGGACUUUGAAGGAAGCGCAAGCGUUAAAUGGGCGUUUAGUGGCUAUAAACAGAUUCUUGGCAAGGCACACCAAGAGGUCUUUGCCAUUUAUAAAGAGACUAAAAGAUUGCCUCAACAAGAAAAAUUUUAAAUGGACCAGCGAAGCGGAAGAAGCCCUACAAGACAUGAAACAUUUCAUCGAGAAGCUACCCAUGCUAACAGCGCAAUACCCAGAAGAAGUGCUUAAAAUGUAUUUGGCAGCGGCCCACCAUGCGGUAAGCGCAGUACUCAUGGUGGAGAGGGAUGGAAAGCAAACGCCUAUAUAUUACAUAAGCCGAGUUUUGGCAGGACCAGAAACGCGGUAUCUAACACUUGAAAAGUUGGUCCUGGCACUAGUCCACGCUACUCGGCGACUCAGAAGAUACUUUCAGGGUCAUCGCGUGCAGGUCUUAACAAAUUACCUGCUACAGCAGAUUUUACAUAAACCAGAGAUCUCAGGGAGAGUAGCCAAAUGGGUGAUUGAACUAGGAGCCCUAGAUAUCGAGUAUCGAAAGCGCACAACAAUCAAGGGGCAGGUGAUCGCCGAUUUCUUGGCUGAAAUUCCUGAGGGAGAAAUUAUACAGGACCCUGCAAUUCAUGACAUCCCAGAGUCCAGUACAGCCAGACAAACUUGGAAGCUCUACACAGAUGGAUCGUCCAGCAGGAAAGGCUCUGGAGCAGAAUACGAGGCGCUACUUGCAGGCCUAAGGAUGGCCCAAUCCAUGGGAGCCAUAAGAGUUGACGCGUAUGUCGACUCCUUGCUGGUAAAUAAUCAAGUAAACGAAACUUAUGAGGCUAAAGAGGAGUCAAUGGCAAAGUAUUUAGCUAAAACAAAGGAGCUUAUAGCGUCAUUCGACAAUGUCACGCUCAAUCAUGUCCACAGAGAAAAGAACCAAAUAGCGGAUGCCUUGAGCAAGCUCGCCACCUCAGGCAUGGAAAGAGAAGUAAAGGUAGAAACAUUGCAAAUGCCCUCUAUCGAACCUCGGGAGGUGUCCGCCCACACGGCUGAAGAACCCUGUUGGUACACCCCAAUACUAAAGUUUCUCACAAUGGGUGAAUUACCCCCCGCCAGGGCUGAUGCCCACAAAAUCCAAAACAAGGCACUGCAAUACGAAGUCAACAACGACAUCCUCUACAGAAAAUCAUACCUGGGUCCGCUGAUGCGAUGUGCAUCUCCAGCGGAAGCAAAAAUAUCUAAUCCAAGAAAUACACGCAGGCAUAUGCGGCAUUUAUGCUGGACCCCGGGCAGUCGUGGCUAA